UAGAGUUUUGUUUAUACGUCUGCAGCAUCUUAUACCGAUUACAUGUGCUUUAAGCAACAGACAACAUUCAAAGCAACUGCAAAUUGAACUGAACUGAAAACAAAGGAAGAGUGCGCGCGUCUAAUUGUGUCAAUAAAAUGUUGGAGUUUUAUCCAAUGCCCACGAACCUCAAUCAAGUCGGUGGCAGUUUAUAUUCGCUGCAGCAGAACCAUGGGGGCGCACGUUUCCUGGACAGUCCCAGUGCAACGGCCAACGUAAAUAGCAACAUGACAACCGCCUGUUUGUCCAGCAACAACUGCAACAGCAACAACAACAAUGGCCAUAAUAACGCGAACAACAGCAACAGCAAUUUGUCAGCAAACAUUUCCGGCAACAUCAACAGCAACAGCAACAAUCCAGCAGCAACAGCUUCAUUAACGGCAUCUGUAAUUUCCUCGCAACAACAACAACAACUUCAGCAGCAACACGCGGUCUCACCAGCGCCAAUUAACAGCUGCCCAACGCCCACAGGUCACAGUCCCAUCAGCAGCAGCAGCAGCAACAACAACAACAAUAAUAAUAACAGCAAGAGCCAAAACUCCGCCUGCAACACAUUAACAGCUGCUGCUGCUGCUGCCGCAACAACAGCAACAGCAGCCGUCUCUGCCUCAUCAGCAGCAGCAACUGGAAGUGGAGCCACGGCAGCCUCUGCAGCAGCGGCAGCGGCGACGGCGUCGGCUUUGGCGCUGGCGUCAGCAUCGAAAUUGUCUGCCGAUUGCAGUGGACGCACAGAGGUUGGCCACAUAAAAUGCGAGAAGAACUACGAGCUGUGCGAGGGCUGUGGGCAGAAGAUCCAUGAUCGCUACUUGAUGAACGUGGGCGAUGCCAACUGGCAUGAGCAGUGCCUCGCCUGCUGCUACUGCGGCUUGCAACUGCAUCACACCUGCUAUGUGCGCAACUCGAAGCUCUACUGUAAGCUGGACUACGAUCGUCUAUUUGGCGUAAAGUGCGCCGGCUGCUGCCAUGCCGUGCUGCCUCAGGAGCUAGUGAUGCGACCCAUACCCAACUAUGUAUUCCAUCUGCCCUGCUUCGUAUGCUACGCCUGCCGCCUGCCGCUCCAGAAGGGCGAGCAGUUCAUGCUGCGGGAUGGCCAGCUCUUCUGCUAUCGCCACGAUUUGGAUAAGGAGAUGUUUCUGGCGGCCGCUGCUGCCCAGCACUGUGGCUUCGUUGGCCUGGACGAGGAGGAUCUGCUGCGGCCGCGGGACGGGCGACGCGGACCAAAGCGACCGCGCACCAUUUUGACCUCCCAGCAGCGUAAACAAUUCAAGGCCUCGUUCGAUCAGUCGCCCAAGCCGUGUCGCAAGGUACGCGAGGCGCUGGCCAAGGAUACGGGUCUGUCUGUGCGUGUAGUGCAGGUGUGGUUCCAGAAUCAGCGAGCUAAGAUGAAGAAAAUCCAGCGCAAGGCCAAGCAGAAUGGUGGCGCCACGAGCGGCUCAGGCAGUGGCCGAGGCAAUAGCAAUGCUGGCGCCUCCGAUGACAAGGAUGCCAGCGAGAAGGAUGAGAAAUGCGUGAAACAGGAGCAUGGCGUCGACAAUGUGGGCUUCUUGGGCGGCAUGGACAGCGCCUUCGCCAGUCAGCCGCUUAAUCCGAACUUGCCCUUCUCACCGGAUGACUAUCCGGCCAAUUCUAACGACAGCUUCUGCAGCUCCGACCUCUCGCUGGACGGCAGCAACUUUGACCAGCUGGAUGAUGACGCCGACUCGUUGUCUUUGAACAAUCUGGAGCUGCAGUCGACCAGUUCGUCGGGCAAUCACAACCAGCACUCGAAUCCCCACGACAUGCUGGCCAAUCUGAACACGAGCCUUAUCAAUCCCAUCGACAAGCUGUAUCUCAUGCAGAACUCGUACUUCAGCUCGGACCAUUAGACAGGGACGGACACAGACAGACAGAGACGGAGUCGUAGUCAUACGAAUUUAUUAGCGUUAGAGUUGCGAGCAUAUGUUGGUAGGCACUGUAACUCAUUAGUUAACGGGCAACUAAGUCAUUUCGCCAGUCGGCUUUUUUUU